UCUUCAAAUAUUACCAGCUCAGCACAGAACAGCUAAACCAAAUUUCUAAAAUAAUCAAAAUUCUUUUCAUUUAUAAAAAAAGUAUUUCUUUUAUAUAUAAAAUAUUCAACAGAUUCUAUGGCCUUGAAUAAAAAUUCGUGACAUGUCGGUAAUUAUCGCCUUAUUCUUUUAUCAUCAACAAACAAACUAUUAGAUAUAUACAUGUGGUCUGAUCUGAUCUCAUUUCUUCUCUUGUUUCAACACUGAUUUCAUUGUUAUUACAAUCUCAAUGUGGAUCUUGUAAGUCUUGAAUUCAUCCAGAGGUCUUCCACCUGUGUUUCCUUUUUAUCUUUUGGUUUGGUUUGUGUAGUGGGUUGGAGACUAAAAAGGUGUGGCAUUGAAAGUGAAGUGGGUUUUUGAUUUUGCUAUCUGGGUUGUGAUUUAAUUGAGUUUUCAACGUCACUCAAGACUGGGUUUGACUCUAAAAGGAGCUGCACUUUUUCAGCUGCUCAUUCUGCCAGCAAAGUAUAUUACUUUGCAUGAAUGAACUGGGUGUGCAAUUGAUGCUGGUGUUGUUUAGAGGGGCAAAUCAUUGAAAAGGUUUCUAUCGUUUUAUGCUUUGAUUUGUGAUAUUGAGAUGGGGGUUCAGUGUUCUAAACUCACAGUGUGUUGCUGGAACUCACAAUUCAAAGCAUCAGUUCUUGAAGCUCCUGAUGUUGAAAAUGAUGAGAAGAGUGAGGCUGACUGCUUGCCUGUAUUCCGUGAAUUCACAUUGGAGCAACUUAAAAAUGCGACAUCUGGUUUUGCAGUAGAGAAUAUUGUUUCUGAGCAUGGGGAGAAGGCUCCAAAUGUUGUUUAUAAAGGGAAGCUGGAAAGUCAGAGGAGGAUUGCUGUUAAGCGUUUUAACAGGAUGGCUUGGCCUGAUUCACGGCAAUUCUUGGAGGAAGCAAGAUCGGUUGGCCAGCUACGAAAUAAUAGAUUGGCCAAUUUACUUGGCUGUUGUUGUGAAGGUGAUGAGAGAUUACUUGUGGCAGAAUAUAUGCCCAAUGAAACACUUGCCAAACACCUUUUCCAUUGGGAAACAAAUCCUAUGAAAUGGGCAAUGCGAUUAAGGGUUGUUCUACAUCUUGCUCAGGCCCUAGAAUACUGCACAAGCAAAGGACGAGCCCUUUAUCAUGACCUAAAUGCCUACAGAAUUUUAUUUGAUGAGGAUGGUAAUCCAAGACUUUCAACUUUUGGCCUGAUGAAAAAUAGUCGGGAUGGAAAAAGUUAUAGCACUAAUCUUGCUUUUACUCCUCCCGAGUAUCUGAGAACUGGAAGAGUAACUUCUGAAAGUGUAAUAUAUAGCUUUGGGACUCUUUUGCUUGACCUUCUCAGUGGGAAGCAUAUUCCCCCAAGCCAUGCCCUUGACCUGAUACGGGACAGAAAUCUUCAGAUGCUGACAGAUUCCUGCUUGGAAGGACAAUUUACUGAUGAUGAUGGAACUGAGUUAGUACGCUUGGCUUCUAGAUGUUUGCAGUAUGAACCUCGAGAACGCCCAAACCCAAAAUCCUUGGUGGCUGCUUUGAGUCCUCUUCAGAAGGAAACUGAGGUACCUUCACACGUCUUGAUGGGAAUUCCACACAGUGCUUCAGUCUCUCCUCUGUCCCCACUUGGUGAAGCUUGUUCAAGAAGAGACUUAACUGCCAUACAUGAGAUCCUAGAGAACCUUGGCUACAAAGAUGAUGAAGGAGUUACAAAUGAGCUCUCCUUCCAAAUGUGGACAGACCAAAUGCAAGAAACAUUAAAUUCAAAGAAAAAGGGUGAUGUAGCCUUCAGGCAGAAAGAAUUUAGAGAUGCAAUUGAGUGUUACACACAGUUUGUUGAUGCUGGAACCAUGAUUUCUCCAACGGUUUAUGCACGACGUAGUUUGUGUUAUCUCAUGAGUGACAUGCAUCAGGAAGCUUUGAAUGAUGCAAUGCAAGCUCAGGUCAUUUCCCCCGUAUGGCAUAUUGCAUCUUAUCUUCAGGCUGCUGCCCUCGCUGCACUUGGCAUGGAGAAUGAAGCUCAAGUGGCACUGAAGGAGGGCACAACUCUUGAAGCAAAGAAGAAUGCAACAGCUGCACAAAAGUAAACAAGAAGAAAAAAA